AUGGCCCAAGCAGCUCCCAUCAAGGAGGACGCCGAAGACACUCUGAGCUCUGCCAGCGAUGGACCCUACAACCUCUCCGUACAGGCCGGUAUUGCCGGCGCUAUUCUCAUCGUCUUGGGUCUGAUCCUCUGCUUCUUCGGUGUCCGUUUCUUCCGCGUCUGCAUGUUCCUCAUCGGCUUUUACUUUUUCGGAAACAUCUCCUACAUCGGCAUGGUCAACGGCGGCGUCACCUCUCAAACCCUCUUGCUCGUCAUCUCCAUCGUCGUCGGUAUCUUGGGAGGCCUUCUCCUCGUCUGCUGCUCGCGUCUUGGUGUCGCCAUCCUGGGCGCCAUGGCUCUUUACUCGCUGGGUCUCUGGAUCUUGGGCUGGCAGGCGGGCGGUCUCAUCCACUCGUCGACCGGUCGUGCCAUCUUGCUGGGGGUCCUUGCAGUCGUCGGAUUCAUCGUUGGCUUCAUCCGUGAGAAGGAAACCGUCAUUAUCGGCUCGGCCAUCUUGGGCGCCUACUCGUUCAUUGCCGGUGUCGAUUUCUUUGCGAAAACCGGUUUCAUCUCCGAGGCCGACUCCUUCUUCAACUCCAAGAACAACGUUCAGAAUCGUGUCGGCAAUCUUUCGGGAGCAGAGUACGCCCUCUUGGCGACCUUUAUCGUCUUGGCGAUCCUUGGUAUGAUUGUCCAGUUCCGCUGGUUCGGUCGCCGCAACUUCCGACCCGCCUCAGGUGCCCCACCUCCUCACGGCGAAGUUGUUUACACCGAGAAGCCUUCUCGCUUCGGCAUGUUCCGUCGUCGCCAUUAA